GAAGGCCUUGCGCUGAGCAAGUUAGCUGCUCAGAAUAAUAUCAAGCAUCGAGGGGAGACGAAGCUAUCUACAUUUUCGACCGUUAACAAGCUGUUGAAGUUUGAAAUGUUCGCGCAAUUUCCUCAGCAUCAAUUGCCUCCUCCUCCUCAACAACAUGGAAGACUUCCAAAGAGAAUCCACAGAGCUCCUAAGGAACCCCAUCACCGCCUUCCUGUCAUCACUCCAGAAGACACAAUCCUCAAAUUCCACCAGCUUCUCUCUGAUGGCGCUCUCACUCUCCAUCAUGACACCUUCCGAUCCCUCUUCAAAGCAUGCCGUGUUCUCUCGGCCUUAGAAGAAGGCCGGCAGUUCCACGCGCAGGCCGUCAAAAGAGGCGUCCUUUGUGAUGUUUUUGUUCGGAGAUCUCUUGUUCGAAUGUAUGCAAAAUGCCUUGCUUGCUAUGAUGCUCAUAAAGUGUUAGCAGAAUGCAACGUCCCAGAUGUUGUUUCUCAGAAUGAUUUGAUCAUAGGGUUUAUAAACAAUGGAGAUUUGGAGACUGCCCGGAAGAUUUUCGAUGGAAUGGCUGAGAGAAAUGUAGUUUCUUGGAGCAUUAUGGUUGAUGGGUAUGUGAGACAUGGGCUGAUGGAGAUUGCUCAGGACCUCUUUGAUGCAAUGCCUGAGAGGAAUCAGUUCUCAUGGAAUUCAUUGAUAUCUGGGUACUUGAGAUGUGGCAACGUGGAAGUUGCUCGGGGCAUCUUUGACCAGAUGAGGCCAGAGUGGAGUGUGAUCACUUGGACAGCUAUGAUCUCGGGAUAUACACAGAAUGGCCGGUUCAAGGAGGCCUUGGACCUUUACCUCGAGAUGCAAAUUGCAGGUGUGGCACCAAAUAAAAUCACCCUUGUGAGCAUUCUUCCAGCGGUUGCACAGCUUGGUGCUCUCAGUCAAGGGAGGUGGAUCCAUGCUUACAUGGACAAGAUGGGUAUGGAAGCAGAUUCGAUCCUUGGUUCGGCUCUGGUCGACAUGUACUCAAAAUGUGGCUGCAUUGUGGAUGCUGUUGGCAUCUUUGAAAAGCUCAAGCAUAAGGAAUUGUCAGCUUGGAAUUCUAUUAUUUUAGGUCUUGCAGCCCAUGGUCGCGGUAGGGAAGCCCUUUGUUUUUUCUCAAGAAUGCAAAAGGAUUCCCUUAGGACCCCUAAUGAUAUCACGUUCACUGGUGUUUUAAGUGCUUGUACACAUGCAGGUUUGGUCGAUGAGGGCCAGAUGAUUUUUGAUCUCUUUACCAAUCACUACAAGAUAAUUCCGAACAUACGGCACUAUGGGUGCAUGAUUGACCUUUUAGCCCGUGCAGGGCUUUUGAAAGAGGCAUUGGAGUUGGUGGAGAAGAUGCCGGUGGAACCUAAUGCAGUUAUCUGGAAGACCCUGCUCAGUGCAUGUAGAAUUCAUAAGAAAGUUGAAGUGGUCGAUCGUGUAUGGAGAAAGAUAAUUGAGUUGGGCCCUCAAGAUAGUGGGUUUUACACACUUAUCUCCAACAUUUUUAAUGAGUCUGGGCGAUGGGAUGAUGCGGGAAAGGUGAGAAGGAAGAUGAAUGAUUUACAGGUUCGGAAGAUUGCAGGUUGCAGUUGGGUCGAGGUGGAUGGGGUUGUUCAUGAAUUCUUGAUGGGCAGAGAGAGUUUUCAUGCUCAAAGCAGAGAAAUUCGUUGUGUAUUAUAUGAGAUGGAGAAUUUAAUCAAAUUGGAAGUAUAUAAUGCAGAGCAGUAGAGUCAGCUGAACAGAAGUAUAGAAUCAAUUAAAUCAUUAGCUCAAAAUAUAUAAUACUUUGCUACAAUAUGAUGCUUGGUCCUUUAGGUGUUUUGGAAUUGGCAUGCAGAGAAGAAUGAGUGCCAUCUUUAAAACCAGCCUAGCAAGGUUCUGCAUUCCAACAGCAUCUGGGAACAACUCAGGGGUUUAACAUUGAUCUUUAUGGGAAAAGGUGAUGAGAACUGGAAUAUGAAGUUAAAAAUCUCAACCAAAAAAUGUAAAAAAGGAUCUCCAGAAAACUGGCAGGCCCGGUUCAGAACUCCUUUGUUGACCAGAAGAGAAAGGAAGGUGAGUCACAAUCUUUACCUUCCAUUAAUGUCCUUCUCUCUUUAAGGUGUCCAACUAGAUGUCUAUCCAACACAUUAAUGGUUCCUUGUCCCAUUUUUGGGUCCGAGUAGCAGCGCUCUUAUAUUUAUGCCACCUUAUGGUUGGUGGUUCCUCUCUCUCUCUCUUUUAGGCAGAUGUAAUUAGA